AUGAGCGUUAACAUCCAGCGCCUGAAGACGUACAUGAGCAAGCUGGUGCUCUUCCCGGUGAGCUCCAAGAGCGUGCGGAAGGGCGAGGCGACCGAGGAGGAGGUGAAGGCCGCCGCUCAGGACCGCACGCGCUUUGGCACGGCGGCCGUGGGUGGUCUUGUGACGCCCGCCCCCGAGUCCGCGCGCAGGCUGACCGAGGAGGAGCGCACGAAGAACGUGUACAAGUUCCUCAAGAAGAACCACAGCGCGGUCCGCUUCUUUGGUGCUCGCAAGGCGCGCGCGGCGCGAAAGGAGGCCAAGGAGAACGAGAAGAAGUAA